AUGGGCAAUAUUUGCCUGGUUGAGCCGUACCACCAGACCAAGGAAGACGACGCGACGAGCCCGCAUGUAGACUAUACAUAUGUGAGCGUCGACGCAAAGUACGGCGAUCUAGACGUAGAGGCAAACUCCGGGAACCUGCUCAGCGCCGUGGGUCCAUAUGCAUACAAUGCACGCCUGCUCCCGCCCGAUUUGUACGCGAUCAAAGAUGGAGAAAUCACAAUCACCAUACGGAAUACCAAUACAAUGAUGCUAGUUGAGUCGACCUUCUCUGUUGUGGGAGGCCAAGCUGCGGUGACGGGCAGCCACAAGGUCGAUGGCGUGAACGGAAAGGGAGCCAAGAUCAGUCUGUCUUUCCGCGAUCCAACCUGCAGUACCACCGGCAAGAGGUUUCCUACUGGAAGAGCCGUUGAUAUGGUUGAAGGAUACGAGGUCACCUGCGUUGACGGCGCCGUACCCGUCGUUUUCAUCCGCGCCGACGCCGUUGGAGUUCCGGGCACCAUUCUGCCGCACGAGCUCACGCAGAACAAGGACGCCAUGGAACUCUUGGAGAACAUCCGCAGGGCUGCUGCGGUAGAGAUGGGCAUUGCAGACACGAAGAAGACGGCUCUGCGCACCAUCCCGAAAAUUGCUAUCGUAUCACAGAGCUGCCGGCAUAGCACCGUGUCGGGGUCCCCUUUGGUUUCCUCGCAAAUGGACCUUGUAGUUCGAUUCAUCUCUGACACCGAACCACAUCCCGCUAUUCCGCUGACAGGAGCUCUCACGACAGCGGUGGCGGCUCGGAUGCCACGCACUGUUGUGGAGCAGCUGCUUGCGCCAGAAGAAGUCAUGCCUGGCACUCUCACCAUUGCCCAUCCAAGCGGAAGAAUCCAGGUCAAACUCGACUACGAAGCGGGUACGAAGCCAUCGGUAUGGGUGGCAAAGGUUUCCUCGACUGCACAGCGGCUCUUCCAGGGCAAUGCAUUCUGGACC